AUGAUUGCGGCGGUGCUUGCGCUCUCGUUGCUGGCGGCGGCCACCACGUCCGCGGCCACGACCCCCACCUCCAAUAACUGUACCGAGCUCACUUUUGAGCAAACGAUCGACCACUUCAACUGGGGGGCCCCGCUGGGGCAGGCUCAGACUACCUUUCAACAACGCUACUUUGUGUACGACAAGUACUACAAGCCUGGUUCCGGGGCGCUGUUCGUCUACUUUGGCAACGAGGACGACAUCACCCUCUACAUCAAUCACACGGGCCUGAUGUGGGAAAACGCCAAGGACUUUGGCGCUUACUUGAUCUUCAUUGAGCACCGCUACUACGGCAAAUCGCAGCCCUUUUCUCCAGGCACCGCAGGAUGCAUGAACUGGCUGACCAGCGAGCAAGCCAUGGCUGACUAUGCCGUCCUCCUGCGCUGGUUCAAAGCGACCCAUCAGAUGGAAGAUGUGCCCACCAUUGGCUUUGGGGGCUCGUACGGUGGCAUGUUGGCAGCGUGGUUUCGGCGCAAGUUUCCCGAUGUCGUGGACGGUGUCAUCUCAGCCUCAGCCCCGAUUUGGGCGUUUGCCAACCUCACGCCCGCGUACGACGAUGACGGCUUUGCUCAGAUUGUGACCAACGAUGCCACCCCUGCAUCAGGCGCCGCCGCCGCCUGCGCUGCCAACUUUAAGCAAGGCCAGAAGCUCAUCAUCGAUACAGCAAGCUCGGCGGCCGGGCUUGCCAAUCUUACGAGCAUCUUCCGUCUCUGCAACCCGCUGCAGUCUUUGAACGAUGCUUACAGCCUUCUCUACUGGGUCCAGGAGCCCUGGAGUUACAUGGCCAUGGGUAAUUUUCCCUACCCUUCAUCCUACCUUCUUCAUGGCCUGGGCAUGUUACCAGCCUGGCCUGUGCGCGUUGCCUGCGAGUCGCUGGCCGAUAGUUCUCUGCCCGACCAACCCCCCGAUUUGCUCGACGCCAUGCGCGCAGCCCUGGAUAUUUACUACAACUACACGCAUGCGGAGACUUGCUACGACCUGAGCGAUGCGCCCGAAACCGCGACGCUGAUGCGGCCACGCAAGGCCUUUUUGCGCCAGCAAGGGACGCUUGGCGGCCCUGAGGCCUGCACCGGUGACUGGGACUACCAGUACUGCACCGAAAUGGUCAUGCCUUCCACUCAAGGCACCGAUAAGGACAUGUUCUGGCCCUUGGAGAAAUUUGAUUUGGCCUCCCUCACCGCCAGUUGUCAGUCGACAUGGGGCGUAAAGCCUCGACAGAACUGGGCCACAACCUACCUCGCCAGCAAGGAUUUGACAGACUUGACAAAUGUCGUGUUUUCCAAUGGCCACUAUGACCCUUGGCGCGCGGGUGGUGUGGUGCAGAACGUGUCGGAUAGCGUUGUUUCCAUCAUCAUUCCAAGCGGUGCCCACCAUAUCGACCUCAUGUUCAGUACGCCUGAGGACCCGGAAGAUGUCACUGUAGCGCGAGCUUUUGAAGUGUCGCACAUGCGUCGCUGGGUGGACCAGAAGCUAAAGGCGCGGCGCCAUUAA